AUGAUUGAUAUCAUUUUUGGAUUGCGUUCUUUAUGUGCAUGCAAUAAUACUAUAGAACCAAAACCCACUACAUCAUCAGAUUUAUCAUCCACUAUCACUGAUUGCAAUGAUUCGAAAAUGCUACCAUCAACACGAAUUGAGGGUGAUUUGAAGAUUGUUAAAGUUAAUAAAUGCAGUGAUACAUAUCUUGGUGCAACAAUUCGAAAUGAAGGUGAAAAAGUGAUUAUUGGACGUGUGGUACGUGGUGGUAUGGUGGAAAAAUCAAAUUUAUUACGAGAAGGUGAUGAACUUAUUGAAGUUAAUGGAAAUGAUUUACGUGGUAAGAGUGUCACCGAAGUUUCUGAUAUUUUGAGAUCAAUUUCGGGUGAAUUAUCACUUAUGAUAGCACCAUUGGAUAAAUCAAAUGAUAAUUCUCAAAUGCAAUCAUCAACACAAAUUAGGCAUUUUCGAGCACUUUUUGAUUACAAUCCUGAGGAUGAUAUUUAUGUUCCAUGUAAAGAACUUGCAUUAAAAUUUCAACGUGGUGAUAUCCUUCAUGUGAUUAAUAUGAAUGAUGAAAAUUGGUGGCAAGCAUAUCAUGAUGGUUGUGAAAUGAAUAAUUCACUUGCUGGUUUAAUACCAUCAAUAUCAUUUCAACGACAGAUUGCUUUGUAUGCACGUGAAUUUGAAAGGGAAAAACAAUUGGAAAAUGGUAAGAAUAAAGAUUUCUUCGGUUGUAAGAAACGAAAACAUUUAAUCAAAGGAAAAUGGAAGAAAGGAGUGGAAGAGAUGAAAUCAAUGGAUGAAUUAAAUGAUGAAAAUGAUGCAGAAAUUUUAACAUAUGAAGAAGUUAUGUUAUAUCUAUCGAAAACAGGACGCAAAAGACCAUUUGUUCUUUGUGGCCCAGAAGGUGUUGGCUGUUUAGAAUUGCGACAACGUUUGGCCGAAUAUGAUAAAGAUAAAUUUGCCAGUGCUAUACCUC